AUGAAAAAAAAAGUCGAAACUCACAUAGAAUUGAAGCUUCUCGAACUCCUGCAGUACUUCUUGGUCACACGACUUCAAGAGUUGCAGGCGUGCUUCCCAUCGCUCGAAGGCUAUCUUUUGGGCUUUCUUGAGAGUCGCCUUCUCGACGAUCUUCGCCACGAUCGAUUCGAUAUUGAUAGCUUCCAUCGUUAAGACUGAAAAAGGUUUGAUUAAGGGAAGAAUCGUAUAAGGAGAGAAGAAAGAACUGAAGAAAUUAUUCAUUGGGAAACUGAGAUGAAGUUUUACAGAAGGAUCAAAAGAACAAAGAAAUAACGAAAAAAAACCAACCUGAAUGUCAGAAUAACAAUAAUAGUAGGAAUAAGUGGGAUACAAGACGAUUGAUCAGUUGUUGGGAUUCGAUUAGGAAAGGUAGUUUGGUUACCUGAGAGCCCUUAUUUAUACUGAUUGGUAGACUCCGCCCACAAGUUGGGUUCUCAUGCCGGAGGGGCCCAGAAAGAGAGAGAAUUGUCACACCUUUUUAGAAGAUUUAUGUCAGGUUUGUAAUUGGGAUAGUUACUUUUGAAGGUGUGAAGGUGUCACGAGAAGGGUUUGGAAGUUGAGCGGAGGUGUUGAUGGGAAAUUGACACUUUUUCCGAAGCUUUGAUGCCUCCGGGUAGUGAAAAUUGAGAGCUGAAGCGACCAGAGAAGUAUUUUGUAAUUAGGGCUUUUCUUCAUCGUUCGCACAAAAACUGUUUGAAAGUGCCGAUUACUUGAAAUGGAGUAAGAAGAGUCCAUUCUUAUCAGACUCUGGUUUCAAAAAAUGACCCUUACAGGGACUUCCAAGGGCUUCACGGCCAUCCAACUCGACAUGAAAAUACCUGGAAUGCGUCGGAAACAGCUCAGUGAAGCCAUGGCUGCUGGCCAGAAGGGCGUCGAUUUUGUCCUGAAUGAAAUGAACGCCGUUCGGAGCAAACCUCGGUUCGUACUGGUUUUUGUGAGCUUCAAAGAGAAUUUUAAGUUGUACUUUGAGAAAGAGGAGCUGAAAUCGAAUAGAAUAAAAAAAAGUUAUUUUUCACGGAAAUGGGGCAAUCUUUUAAUUUUUUUUUUUCGCCAAAGUUAUUAGGAAAGGUAAAAUAGUUCCUAGGGAACGGAUUUCGAAGAUUUUUGAACUAACACGGGAAGUGCGAAAGGUCUAGAAACUUUGUAUAUAGGUUCUUUUUGAAAUUUUAUUCAUUAAACUUUUUUUUCAAGAAAAAAACUGAACAAGAAAAAGGUGGAACAAAAAAUCUUGCUCAAAACGACAUAAAAUCGGUAAUUUCAACAUUUUGAGCGUUUUUUUUUUUCAAUCCAUCUGUAAAACUUCAUCAUCUUUCCAAGAAAAAAAAUGGCAAAAAAAAGUUGCACCAAAAGGAUUCGAACCUGCAUCAUAGGUUCCAUAGCGCAAGGCCGCUAGCCACUACACCACGCCGCCUGCUGACAGCUAG